AUGGCAGCCUCAAAGCAACAAGAGCCCAUUGCCAUCAUCGGCAGCGCCUGUCGCUUCCCGGGAGGCUCGAACACGCCGUCCAAGUUUUGGGAGCUUCUUCAAUCUCCGCGAGACCUCCUUGAUCGCGUGCCUCGACGCCGGUUCGACUCGGCCGCCUACUUCCAUCCGGACGGCGACCACCAUGGCACCACCAACGCGCAGCACUCGUACUUCCUUGACGAGGAUCCUACGCUGUUUGACCACGGCUUCUUCAAUAUCCACCCGUCUGAAAGCGAGGCCAUUGAUCCCCAGCAGAGGCUGCUGAUGGAAACCGUCUACGACUCGCUGUGCGCCGUCGGUCGAACGACGGAGGAGCUCCGCGGGUCGCCAACCGCCGUGUACGUCGGCAUGAUGUGCGACGACUGGGCUCAGAUGGCAAAUCGCGAUUGGGAUCUCAUGCACAAGUACUCGGCCACGGGUACCAGCCGCGCAGUCAUCUCCAACCGCGUCUCGUACUUCUUCGACUGGCACGGGCCCUCCAUGACGAUAGACACUGCCUGCUCGUCGUCCCUCGUCGCCCUUCACCUGGCGGUGCGGGCUCUUCGCACCGGCGAGACCCAGAUGGCGAUUGCAGCCGGAGUCAACUUGAUACUGGCCCCUGGAAUGCUCACGCGGCCUGGACCUGCAGGCAUGUACAUUGCUGAAAGCAAGCUGCAUAUGCUUUCUUCGUCGGGACGGAGUCGAAUGUGGGACGCGGCCGCGGAUGGCUACGCCAGGGGAGAAGGCGUCGCAUCCAUUGUCCUGAAGCCCCUGAGCGCCGCCAUCGCGGACGGUGACCACGUCGAGUGCGUCAUCCGAGAGACGGGCGUGAAUCAGGACGGUAGGACGCCUGGUUUGACGAUGCCGAGCAGCACUGCCCAAGCGCAACUCAUCCGGGACACGUACACCCGCAGCCAACUAGAUGUCAACGACCCCCGUGACCGUCCGCAAUACUUCCAUGCCCACGGAACGGGAACCCCUGCCGGGGAUCCCCAAGAGGCACAAGCCAUCUCGCGUGCCCUGUUCGCAGACGGAGCACCUGACGACACUCUCUACGUAGGGUCUGUGAAGACGGUUAUUGGACAUACCGAGGGAACUGCUGGCCUUGCCAGCCUGAUAAGCACCUCCCUCGCCUUGCAGCACGCCGUCAUUCCGCCCAACAUGCACUUCAACAACCUGAGCCCAGCCGUGGCUCCGUACUACACCAAUCUGAAAAUCACAACCGAGGCCAUUCCGUGGCCAGCACCGCCUGCCGGCCAGCCUCGACGAGCAAGCAUCAACAGCUUCGGAUUCGGCGGCACCAAUGCACAUGUCAUCGUGGAGUCUUUCGAGCCCGCCCUUGUUGAGAAGUUCAAGACGGCGUCUUUCAUUCCCAUUACGCUUUCGGCAGCCUCUGGCAAGAGCCUUGCGGCCAUGCUGGCAGAUCUGGCAGACUAUGCCAGAAGCAACCCGGACACGAAUAUUCGGGACCUUGCCUAUACCCUGACUUGCCGUCGUUCGACCCUGCCGCAUCGACAGGUCAUUACGAGCAGCACCACGCACGAGCUGGUGGCCAAGAUUGACGCCAUUCUUGCAGAGAAGCCGCCCCGGGGUCUUGACACGUCGUACGUCGGCGUUUCGAAGCCGACUGUACUCGGCGUCUUCACUGGGCAAGGGGCUCAGUGGCCACGUAUGGGCGCGCAGCUUGUUGAAUCGUCCCCUCUCGCCGCUCAGCGGCUGCAACAGCUAGACGAUGAUUUAUCCCGUCUACCAGCGGCUGAUCGUCCCUCGUGGUCCCUGAGCGAGCAGCUAAGCGCCGGCGUCUCUGAAUCCCGCGUCCUCGAAGCGGCCAUAUCGCAGCCUCUCUGCACAGCCGUCCAGAUUAUACUGGUAGAUGUGCUGUCGCUGGCCGGGAUCAAGCUCCAUGCCGUCGUCGGCCACUCAUCCGGAGAGAUAGGCGCUGCAUACGCGUCCGGGUUCUUGUCGGCCGCGGAUGCGAUCCGCGUCGCAUACUAUCGUGGCUUACACGCCAAGCUGGCCAAGUCGCCGAACCGCGGCCAAAGGGGGGCGAUGAUGGCAGUCGGCACGUCCCUGGCUGAUGCUGCCGCCUUUUGCGAGUGCGCGGGUUUCAAGGGCCGGAUCCAGGUCGCGGCCUGCAACUCUCCUUGCAGCGCCACGCUGUCCGGGGACGAGGAUGCCGUUGCCGAGGCCGUCGAGCUCUACAGGCGCCGGGGCAAGUUUGCACGGCAACUCAAAGUCGACACUGCAUAUCACUCCCGGCACAUGAUGGACUGUGCUGGGCCGUAUCUCGACGCUCUGGAAGCAUGUGCAAUCACGACUCUGGGCGGAGGUGGCCCGGCUUGGUUUUCCAGCGUUGUGGAAGGGCGCCUCAUGUCGCAAGAGUCCCUCCAAUCCCGCUACUGGGUCGACAACAUGAGAAGCACGGUUCUGUUUUCUUCCGCCGUCAGUGCCGCCUGCUCCGCCGCCGGUCCAUUUGAGCUGGUUCUGGAGGUUGGGCCUCAUCCGGCACUCAAGGGCCCGUGCCUGGACGUGAUCAAAGAAUUCGGCGGCACACAGCCGCCAUAUGUAGGGCUUCUGUCACGGGGCAAGCCCGACCUUGACGAAAUCGCUACUGCCCUUGGGCACGUCUGGAUGCACCUGGGGGCUGGGUCGGUCGACUUUGACAGAGUCGAGACGGGCCUCUCGGGCCUCUCGACCCCGAAAAGACUCGUGCCCGGCGUCCCGGCGUAUCCGUUCGAUCAUUCCCGCUCGUUCUACUCUCUGACCCGCGUGUCCGGCAUGCAUCUCCAUCUUCACCAGCCGCCGCACCCUAUUCUCGGCCGACGCUGCGUCGAGCUCGAGACGGCCACAGAAGUUCGCUGGCGCAACAUCCUGCGGCCAAGCGAGGUGAGCUGGUUGAGCGGCCAUAAGAUACACGGCCAGACACUCUUCCCUGCUGCGGGCUACGUUGCCAUGGCCGUCGAGGCCAUGUCUCUCAUCGCCGGUGGCAAGCCGGUUAACAUGUUCACGCUGCAGCAUCUGGUCAUAGGCCGCGCCAUGACGUUCAACGACGACAAUGUCGGCCUGGAGACGUCGGUAAGUCUUCGCGUAUCCGAGUCCUCCGAUGCCCGCAUGCGAGCCGAGUUUCUCUGCCACUCCGGGCUGCCGUUUGACAAUGCUUCCACGCCGGGGCUCAAUGCCAGCGCGACCGUCAGUGUGUCUUUCGGCCAGCCAGACUCGGACAUUUUGCCGUGUAUGCAGGCAGAUGAUGUCAAUCUUGUAGACACGCGUGUUGACCGCUUCUACACGCACCUCGCCCGGCUGGGCUACAACUACAGCCACCCUUUUACCGGCGUCAGGUCCAUCGUCCGCAAGGCAGGGUUUGCUACGGGCGUCCUUGAGGACGAGUCCGGCCAGGGAUGGGAAGACGACCUCAUCGUCCAUCCCUCCUGGCUCGAUGCCGCCUUGCAAACUGGGCUCGCUGCACACAGCUGCCCGCAGGACAUGAGGCUGUGGACGUUGCACGUUCCCACCUCUGUCCGGUCGAUCAAAAUCAACCCUCACUUCACCAAGCUGGGACGCGGCAAGACGACAAGGCUGUCGUACAGGGCCUUCAUGGACGACUCCCCAACCCGCAUGACGGCCGACGUCGACGUCGUGGCCGAGGGCAGCAAGUCGUUCGUGCAGUUCGAAUCCAUCGGCCUGAAGCCCUUGGUGGCCGCAACGCCGGACUCCGACGCCGUCGUCUUCUCGCAAUUCGAGUACAGGCUUGCGGAGCCCAGCGGCGAGGAUGCCGUGUCGGCGGACGGCCACUUUCCCGCACACCAGGAGGAGGUUAUCUUGGCAAAGGAGCGCAUGGGUCUUUACUACAUCCGCCGACUGCUGGAAGCCAUCACGGCCGAGGAGGAAGCAACAGUGCUGCCUCACUAUCGCCGUCUACUAGCCUGGGGCCGGCACAUGCUGGACAAGGUCCGCUCCGGAAAGCAUCCUACGCUGCCCCCGGAGGCAGCCAGCGAUACCCACGACCUGGCGGAGGCUCUGGUUGCGAAGCACAGUUCCGCUGUCGACGUCCGCAUCACGGCAGCCGUGGGGGAGAAGCUCGUACACGCGGUUCGUUCCGGCCAGAGCACUCUCGAAUACAUGUUACAAGACGGCAACCUAGAUCGCUUCUACGCGGAGGCAGCCGGGCUCGGCGCCUCGAACGCGUGGAUGGGCAGGAUGGCUUCUCAAAUUGCACAUCGCUACCCUCACAUGCACAUCCUUGAGAUUGGCGCAGGGACUGGCGGCGCUACGGGGUCGGUCUUGCCGCAGCUCGGAACCUCGUUUUGCUCCUACACCUACACGGACAUCUCUGCCAGCUUCUUCGAGCGAGCCCGGGCAAAGUUUGGACGGUACAGCUCUCGGAUGAUAUAUAAGACGUUGGACAUGGAGAAGUGUCCGGCCGAGCAGGGCUUCGACGAGGGGUCCUACGACCUUGUCAUAGCGUCAAACGUCCUGCACGCCACAGGAAGGCUGCGGGAGGUCAUGACCAAUGUGAGGAGGCUGCUGAAACCCGGCGGUCGUCUACUCGCCCUGGAGAUCCUCAGCAACGAGUUCCUCGGGCUCGGCCUGAUCAUGGGCUGUCUGCCGGGCUGGUGGGCUGGCGCAGAGCAAGACGCGAGCCGCAGUCUGGGACCGGCGCUCGCGAGGCAGACAUGGCACAGUUUGCUUGCCGAGACGGGGUUUUCCGGUGUUGACACGGCCACCCCCGAGAUACACAGGCUUCAUGCCUACACCGUGUUCUGCGCCCAAGCAGUUGACGAGCGAGUAAAGAUGCUGCGGGAUCCCCUUGUCCCUGCGGCGCGUGGAACGACGGCGAGCCUCGCCAUUGUCGGCGGCGAGACGACCGAGGUCCAUCAGCUUGUUCAGCAGCUGUCUGGCAUUCUCGGGCCCCGUUACAGGAGCAUCAGCUGCUUCCGUUCCGUGCAGGCGCUUCAUGAGGCGGGCGUUCCGGAUUCGAGUUCUGUUCUGUGUCUGACGGAGCUGGAUCAACCGUUCCUGGAGACGAGGACGCGGCAAAAGCUGGAGGGUCUAAAAACGCUCUGGCGAAGUGGUGGAACCAUCUUGUGGGUUACUCGUGGUGCCCUCGACGACAAUCCUUAUUCCUCCCUGCUUGUUGGGCUGUCGCGAACCGUGCGUUUUGAGUACUCGAUCAUCAAUCUGCAAAUGCUCGACUUGGAUGCCAUUGCGCCGCAGACCGCGCAGCUGCUGGCCGAGUCCCUUGUUCGCAUCGAGCUCCUGGGGUCUUGGAAACGGGACUCGAACCCCAGCCGCGACUUGUUGUAUUCUUUCGAGCCAGAAGUCGUCUGCCGGGCCGGGCAGCUCCUCAUUCCUCGAGCAUAUCCGCACGAAAGGGCCAACAGCCGCUACAACACAUACAGACGGACAGUCUAUGAAACCGUUUGCAUGCACAAGUCGUCCGUCUCACUCGGAUCAAAUGGCUCCUCAUACUCGCUGCGUGGCGAGUCACCUUUGUCACGUCCAGAAGAGCGCCAGCACGGUCGACCGGUCAAGGUGCUCAAGGUGUCGCAGUCGCUCUUGCAAAUGAUCAUGAUUCCCGGGGCAGGCUUCUUGAGUCUGGUAGCAGGCGUGGACGAAGCCACCGGAGAGCACGGAGUCGCCUUGUGCGAAGCGACUCGAUCGUCAGUUGCCACGUUGGCAGAAUGGACAAUAACCACGCCUGGCGCAGUGGCCGCAGAAAGCCUCGCGCAAUUCGCAGCCCAUCUCCUUGCUCGAGGCGUCUUUUCCAUGGCACCGAGCGGCGGCACUGUGCUCGUGCUUGACGUCGACCAAGGGCUCGCUCUCACGCUCGUCAAGGAGGCCGGCAGGCUCGGUGCUCGCAUUCAACUCGCCACGUCCACAAAGGACUCGGCAGUCAGGGGCGUCGCCCACGUUCAUCCCGACCUGCCCGGACGGUAUGUAAAACGCGUGAUUCCUGCCGAUGUUACGCUUUUUGUGAACCUUUCGCAUACACCAGCCGGCGCAAAGUCUGGCGGUCUCAUUUCCGAGCACCUCCCACAGCACGUCCCAGUUGUUUCGGCAUCGCAACUCUUCAGUACGAAGAGCACAGUGGUCCCAGGCGUCUCGACCGAGACGGUUGGAAGAGUCUUCAGGGACGCCUGGGAGGAGUUCCGGCCGAGUUCUGACGCCGUUGUCCAAGCCACCAUAAUACCGCUUCGAUCCGUAGACGGCCAUCGCGUAGGCGGCGAGCCUCUGGCUGUCGUGGACUGGAACGCGGAAUCUGUCAGGGUGGCAAUCCAGCCUAUCGACUCGGCCCAAAUCUUCCGCGGCGACGGAACAUACUUCCUGGUCGGGCUCUCCGGUCAACUUGGCCAGUCGCUAUGCCACUGGAUGGUCAAGCACGGCGCUCGAAACGUGGUGCUUACGAGCCGGAACCCAAAGGUAGACCCCAAAUACGUAAAGUCGAUCCAGAGGCUCGGUGCCACAAUCAAAAUCAUGCCCAUGGACGUUGCGGACCGCAACUCACUCCACGCGACCUGCGAGGAACUCCGCGACACGAUGCCGCCCAUUAUCGGGGUCGCCAAUGGCGCCAUGGUACUGGAGGACGAGCUGUUUGACAAGCUUUCAUUCGAGUCGUUCGACCGCUCACUCGCCCCCAAGGUCGACGGGAGCCGCCACCUCGACGAGCUCUUCCGCAACACACGCCUCGACUUCUUCAUCCUCUUCUCCUCGCUCGCCAGCGUCAUCGGAAACGCCGGCCAGUCCAGCUACGUCGCCGCCAACCAGUACAUGGUCGCGCUCGCCGCGCAGCGCAGGAAGCGCCGUGUCCCGGGCUCAGCCGUGGCCAUCAGCUCGCUGCAAGGCAUCGGCUACUUCUCGCGCUCGGCCAUGGACCAAGACCACUUCACCAGGCUCGGGUACAGAAACAUCUCCGAGCAGGACUACUUCCAGCUCUUCGCCGAGGCCAUCGCCGCCGGCAGGCCAGGCAACCCCGACAGUCACGAGGUCAUAUCCGGCCUCAGCCCCAUCCACGAGGACGCAAUCAAGACCCAGACGCUAAAGGACCCCAAGUUCGGCCACUUCGUCAUGAAACACCGCGACAAGCAGGUCCCGUCCCACGGCGCCUCACACGUCCCAGUAGCACGGCAACUGGUGCAAGCAACGUCCCGUGAGGAAGCCCAGGCUCUGGUCCAAGACGCCCUUGCGGAUCGACUGCGGCGCAUUCUCAUGCUUUCUCCCGACGAGGCGGUUCGUGACAAGCUUCCCCUUGUGGAGCAGGGGGUCGAUUCCCUCGUCGCCGUCGAGAUCCGCACGUGGUUCAUGAAGGAGUUGCACGUCGACGUUUCCGUGGUCAGGAUUCUGAGUGCCUCCGUGACAGUCGCGGACCUUGUUGCGGAUGCCGUAGGGAGCCUUGCCCCAUCUCUUGUGCGCGGCGCCGCGCAAGAGUCUGGGACCUUGGCUCCCGCUGCGGGGGCUGUGUUUGCAGAAUCCUUGAUUCGAGACGGCUCUUCACAGCUCACGAACGGCCCGUCAUCUUGGAGUAGUCAAGGAGGCGUGUCUACACCGGAUACCCAGCCCUCGUCCCCCAAACCAGCGUAG